UUGUGGCUCAGUUUCACCAUAACUAACCUCUGCUGUCUAUUCCAAUACGCCCCCAAUCUUUGUCCAAAUCUCCCCACUGUUCAACCUUAUUCAUGCAAUUAACUUGAGCCACUAAUUUAUUUCCAGAAAAAGAAUUUCAAGAAUCUGAAAAUGGACUGCAAAUCCAAGAGCCUCAGAACUCAAAGGUGCACACAGUUUGUGCAGCACUCAUUAAUGUCUUCCAUGCUCCUCCUCCUCUUCAAUGAGAAAGCUCCUCCUCUCAUCUCAGAUUCUCUAGUAGUGUUUCCCGCCAAAUAUUGGUUUUGAACUGUGCUUUUAAUGCUUGCUGUGAGCCAUCACCACCAUGGAGAGGCUUUUGCAGGGUUCAUUUGAGACCACACGUGCAGACAACAUGGAUAUGGAUUUCAAUGAUGUCUUUGGGGGGCCUCCUAGGAGGUUCUCAAUCCAGGAAGUGAGGAAGAGGAACAGUUUCAAUGAUCAGAUGGAGUCCGAGGAGGAUUCAGAAGCUGUCGUCCCGCGCAGUUCUUGGUCUGGAUUAACCGAGAAACCGGUUUUCGGGGCAGAUAGAAGAUGCAGCCAGCAGGGCAAUGAGUUUUAUGAUGAUAUAUUUGGAGGUGAUGAGGCUUACAGUUCACCAAGGAGGAUGGAAAUGGAGGCUUAUGGUUCCAGAGUUUUAAGCCCUGCUUGGCCUUUGCCCCCAAAGGCUGAACCUUUUUCCACUUCUCUCCCAGCUCAAUUCAGUCUUCCUGCUAAGGUGACAAAAGCGACGGAAUAUCCUACAUUUGGUUCUGGCAAUCGUAGUCCAUACCAUAAUAGCAAGGAUGGCGGGUCGAAUGGCUCCCUCUCUAGAUUUUCAAGCCAAUCGAGGCAGCGAGAGAAUGGGAGUCAGAUGAUUUUCAGGCAAAGAUCUUUAUCCCGCGAAGCAUCUCUCAGUGGUGAUGAAAGAUCUUCUGGUGAGAAAGAUUCAGAAGAAGCCCAGUUUCACUUCUCUAUAUACAAGUGGGCAGGCAAAGGAGUGCCAUUGCUCAUCCCUCUUAUGAGAGGAAAGAACAGUAAUAAACCAAAGGAGAAUAAUAGCAGACUUGAAAGAUGUCUGAGCUCCAAUGCAAGAGUUCAGUGUGAUGAACCCGAUGGAAAGCUCAACGUAUCAAUUGCAAGUAAGAAGCAAGAGAAACGGAAUGAAAAUGAUUAUAAGGAACCCGAUUUUGUUGCCACUGAAGCAGUUCCAGAGUUGAAAAACCUUAACAAUGCAAAAAAUAAGGUUGUUCCUGAAGGGCCUAAGUCAGGUUCCAAAUUAGAAGGCGAAGAAGAAACUCGUUCUAAGAUCAAGGCAGAGUUUAGAAAUGGCAUACAGAAUGAAGGUUUAAGGAAAAAAGAAACAGAAUCCAAACCUCAAUCUAUGUUGCCACAUGAUGUUCACCAAGGCCAAGGUUCAUUGUUUGCAGGAAAUGGUGAGACAAACCAGGUAGCCAGAGAGAAGAACGCCCGAGCAGAUGAUUCAAAUGCUCGUUUCAAUGAAACGAUGAAGAAAAGGGAAGUUGAGGCUAAAAUGAAUGGGAAGAAGAGUGGAAUAACUAAAAAUAGAGUAGAGGUCCAAGAUAUGCCUUCAAAUCCAGAAGAAAAGUCCACUAAAGUUGGAGUGAAGGGAAAGGUUCAAGAAUUUGUUAAGAUCUUCAACAAACAAGAAGCUACUCCAGUCUCCAAAGGGGAAACUCGAAGCCAAAGCUCGAGAUGGAGAGGAGGCAACUUCAAUGCAGUGGAAAAAGAAACGGGUGACAGUACAAGACAGACGAACGAGGAAGUGCAAAUUCCUAGUAUGAAUAAAACAGCAGCAGAUGCUUUUCAAAGGGUGGAGCAAAUCCUUAACACGAAGGAGAAAACAAAUAAACAUUCUUAUAAGAAACCCUCGAUUCAUCAAACUACCACUCAUCCUGCUGAUCAGAACAAUGCUUCAUCAUUUUCUGAACCUAUUCGAAACGGUCUGAGGCGUUCAGUAGGAAGUGCAGAUGAUCUCUUCCAUGGAAGCUUUGUGGUAGAAGAGUUAUAUGAAGAUGAGAGCAAACCAUUACAGAAGAGUGGUGAAUCUCACGACAUGAAAGCUUCAGAUGCAAAGAUUCAGCAGUGGUCACAGGGGAGGAAAGGAAAUAUUCGGUCACUGCUUUCGACCUUACAAUUAGUUCUUUGGCCCGAGAGCGGAUGGAAGCCCGUGCCUCUGGUGGAUUUGAUAGAAGGAAAUGCAGUAAAGAGAGCUUAUCAGAAAGCCUUGCUGUAUUUGCAUCCAGAUAAGCUCCAACAAAAAGGCGCCGCUUCUCAUCAAAAAUACAUUGCAGAGAAAGUCUUUGCCAUUCUGCAGGAAGCAUGGGAUCAUUUCAAUUCGCUUGGUGGGAUCUGAUCAGAAUUCAGAAGCGAAGCACACAAAAAAUGGAAUCUCAUAUAUUGCCAUGUUACAGUGAUAGAUACACUUCAAAGUUCAAACUUCAAUUCAGACAACCACACAGAAAUAAUCCCUCUGAUCUUAUUCUUUUUUUCCCUGUAAAAAUUUUAUGUUUUAUCGACGUGUAUGUUGAUGAGUUCUUUUGAGAUUACACAAUACAUACAUGAUACCUAUAUGCAGCAGGCUUGCUAGCUGUGCUGGAAGCCAUUAUUAAACCAAGAAAUUAAGGUAUCCAAGGCAAUAAAGUAGCUGUUCUUAUUCA